AUGGGAAUCAUCAAUAUUAAUUCACUAAAGGUCACUCCCGCUAAAGACAAAACUGUUGAUUUGUGUUCUGUACAGUUCAAGUCAGAAAAUGAUAUUAGGCCUAAAGGCGUACAAAGGGCGAUUAAGAGAUUAAAAGAUGUUGGGUUAUUGUUUAAAGUAAAUUUUUUGGUUCUUAUUUGUAACACCCUUGGACAAUCCAAGAGCAUGGGCACAUGUGAUGUAUCAAUGCUUUCAAGGGUUUUAGAGGAUUUAGAUUUAAGCGACAUAGAUUGGUGUUCAUACGUGUUAGAGUGUUUGAAAAAUACAAAACAUGCAUGGAAUUCUAUAAGUGAUACAUCUUACUAUGUUGGUCCUAUUGUCCUAUUGAUGCUUAUAUACCUGGAGCAUGUUUCAUGUGAUGCGGUUACGAUCGAUCGUGGAAGACCUGUUAUAUGUUUCUGGGAUGUGGAAACCAUAUGCUUACAUGAGGAGUAUGAAAUCAGAAAUGGUGGAAUUGGUUCUGGUGAACUUCAGGAUCCUUACAUACCACGGGAUGACAAUGCCGAAAAUGUUAACUCGGAAUACCUUUCCACCAUUGAAAGUACGUUAAACAAGCUAGUUGAGGAUAAUCAUAUGUUGGCCUCAAAACUUGUAGAGGCAAUCGAAAGGAAUCCUCUUGUUUGUCAUUUCAACGAAUAG